AUGGGUCUGAGCAUCAGCAAGCUGUUCAGCGCUUUCCUGGGCAAGAAGGAAAUGCGCAUCCUGAUGGUUGGUCUUGACGCUGCUGGAAAGACUACUAUUUUGUACAAGUUGAAGCUGGGCGAAAUUGUCACCACCAUUCCUACCAUUGGUUUCAACGUCGAGACUGUGGAGUACAAGAACAUCCAGUUUACCGUGUGGGAUGUCGGUGGUCAGGACAAGAUCCGGCCCCUGUGGAGACAUUACUUCCAAAACACCCAGGGCAUCAUCUUCGUCGUUGAUUCCAACGAUCGUGAUCGUAUCGGCGAGGCUCGCGAGGAGCUGCAGCGUAUGCUGAACGAGGAUGAGCUCCGCGACGCCAUCCUCCUGGUCUUCGCGAACAAGCAGGAUCUGCCUAACGCCAUGAACGCCGCUGAGAUUACAGACAAGCUGGGUCUGCACAGCCUGCGGUCACGCGGAUGGUACAUCCAGUCGACAUGCGCCACCUCUGGUGACGGUCUGUACGAGGGUCUCGACUGGCUCGCCACCACUCUGCGGAAGACGAACAACUAA